AUGGAUAUCAUUUUGAUCCUUUGUAUAGCAUUACGCGUCGUCAUUGCUCAAGAGGAAUGUGCUGAUGGAUGGACGGAAAUAAGUAAUCGAUGCUUUAAAUCUUUCUCGGACGUUGAAUCGUUCGAAGAUGCUCGAAUCGCUUGUCAGCAAUUUCCUAGCGGCGAUUUAGCAGUCGACGAUACCACUGCAAUUCAUGAUAACCUAAAGGGAAUACUACAAUUUACAGGACGUUACUGGAUUGGACUAAGUGACAUAGCAGGAAACAACCAGAUCGAGGAUUAUCAUUGGUUGGCAACCAAUGAAAGUGUAAUCAAUGGUGAACAGUUUUGGUUGAAGGGUUAUCCAAAGCGGACGAGUGAUAGAUGCGUUUCUGCUAGAAGUUUGCCAUCAAAUAAGUUUGACUGGAUUAAUAAUAACUGCAGCGAUGCUUGUAGAUACAUUUGUCAAAGGCCGAUUGGCGUAGUGUCUUCUUAUUCAGUAAGCUCCGAUGAUUCCUCAAGCGAGUUACAUCCUUCAGUAGCGAUAUCAACUUUAUCUUAUGACGCUACCAUUUCGACGGCAACAACCACUGCGAUCAAUGAGAUGGGUGUUUCAAACGCAAGCAUCAAUUCAAAUACAUAUGAGAAUUCAUUUAUAUCAUCCUCUUCAUCAGCUAGUUUUGUCAAUAAUAUUAUAGCCAUACCGAUGAGUAAAUCACAGUUGUUAACAUCUGGUAGUAGUUUGGAUUUUAUAUUUAGUUCGACGCAGUCUGAGGGUAUUUUAGAAUCAUCUUGCACUAUUACAAAUAAUGAUAAUUCUGAUAUUUUAACACUAAAUAUGACAAACCAGGCGGAAUUAACGGCGUCGACUCCUAACGAAUCACACAUUUACUCAGUUACCGCAAGCCCUACACUCAAUCCGUCUCCUUCAUUGAAUAAUGGAAACUCUAUUGCGUCUGAUUUCAUGACAAAUGAUAAGGUAAAGGAGAUACAACUGGCCAACGACCAGUUUAUUGCAAAUAUCGCUAAUGGCGUCAAUAAGAGUCUUGGUUCUGUUCUAAAGCAAAUCGAUCACAAUGAUGCGGUUUUAGCAAGACAAAUUAAUGAAGCCAACAUCACGACACGACUAACUUUGUUGACACCAAAUUCAGAACUAAUUGCUUAUAAAAUCUCCGCAUCGGAUGAAACACCAAUCAUCAAUCUAGCGUUGUCACUAUCCAAUGAGCCAGUAGCAGAAGUGAGAAUUCCCAGAUCAGUAUUUCGGUUUUCUAGCCAAGCUGAUACUGUCACUGUGGUAGUACGAUCGUAUAAUAUCCAAGAAAGUUGGACCAAAACUAAUACUAACGAAAAUAGUAGCAGCGUUAUAAUUUCUAGUAUCUUGUCUUGCUCAAUGUAUCCACUCCAAGACAAAAACUUUACUUUACCCGUUCAUUUUUAUCUUAAAAUAGGAUCUCGAAAGCCUCAUCCACCCUAUCGAUGUGUAUAUUGGGAGAAUACGCAAUGGUCGCAGUAUGGAACAGAUUUGAUAGGUUAUAAUUCUAGCACGGUACAUUGCAUAACCAAUCAUUUUACGAGUUUCGCUGUCCUUAUGCAAGGCUCCAAGGGGCUGAUUGGGCCUCACGAUACCUACCUCCGCUAUAUCACUUAUAUUGGCUACUCUAUUUCACUAUUCGCCUUAUUGAUGAUGAUAAUGAUAUUGAUUAGCAGCAGACAAGGCCCUCUAAGCAAAUAUAUUAUAGCUACUAGUUCGAGACACAGCGAUGUUCUCAACAAAGACCAAAAUUUGUUAUCUGAUGAAAAUAAGAAAAGCAUUAGUAAGCAAAAAUCACUGCGCGAUAACGGUCGUGAAGCAAUAAACAGUUCUCUUAAAAUUGAUUCUAGGAAAUUACAUACGGUAAAGAACUUUAUUCAUCUGAAUUUGGCUAUUGCUAUGUUGAUAUGUAUUAGUGGAUUCUUAGCUGGUAUGAAUGCAGCUAGCCUGCCGUUUAAUGUGGAUGAUGAUGGAAGCCAUACUACUUUUGCACAAAAUUUCUUCCGUACGCAAAAAUAUGGAUCCGAACCUUCGAUGGGUUUACUUUAUUUUCGGCUGGGGUCAUUUAUUAAUACAAAUGCUGAGACAAUUGAAGUAUUUUUUAUUUAUGUUUGUAAAUGGCUCUUAGCACCUCCAGCUAUUGUAGUAUCUGUGUCCGCAUCUACUGGGAUUGAUGCCUAUCGUAAUCGAGAUUAUUGCUGGAUUCGAAAUGCUACUACUCAAAUGUGGUUCUUUGUAGGUCCAAUUAUUUUUAUAGUUGCGUGGAACGUGGUGGUAGUAGUUGCCGCUAUUAGGUCACUUUUCUCUAUUAAGGCUAUGGUCCGAAAGUCCGAAAUUCAAAAAUUCAAGGUCGGAAUAAAAGCUGUAACUUCCUUGGUCUUUCUCUUUGGUAUAUCUUGGAUAUUUGGUAUCUUGUAUUAUGCUACGAACCAUAUUGUCUUGGCUUACUUGUUUACAAUAUUAAACUGUCCACAGGGAUUGUUGAUCUUUUACUUUCACUGCUUUCGAGAUCGCGAGAUAAAAGAUUAUAUGCGGAAGAAGUUCAAACUUAGUUCCAUGAUUUUUCCAAUGCGCUCCAAUGUCGAUUGUAGCAGAAAUAUUCGGCUCGGAAACACGCGUUUCAGCCAUACUACUAAAAUAUCAGUGCGUCCAAUUUCUCCAGACAAUGCAUCUUACGAAUGCAAGAAUAUUGGAGGAUUUCCAUUCAGUCAAAAUAAGACUGCAGCUGUAGAAUUUGUAAGAAAGGAUUCAUCGAACAGUGCUACUACCUUGCUUUCGGCGUGCGAUAAUCCUGCCUUGUCAGUUAACAAUAUGGCAGAUGCUGUUAGUCAUCUUUAA